AUUUUCUCAUCGUUCCUCUGGGCAUUCUCGGAGAAAGUCUAGAGACUGUAAGCUGCUUCGGAGUGAUCAGAUAAAAUUCGAAGAUGAGCCGCCACCCGGAUGUCAAAUGGGCCCAGAGGUCUGAUAAGCUCUACAUAACUAUUGAGUUGCCUGAUGCCCAAGAUGUGAAACUUAAACUGGAGCCGGAAGGAAAAUUCUACUUCUCAGCAACUGCUGGUGCAGCAAAAGCUCCUUAUGAAGUUGACUUCGAUCUAUAUGACAAGGUUAAUGUAGAGGAGAGUAAGGCUAGUAUUGGUUCCAGAAAUAUCUGCUACUUAGUAAAAAAGGCUGAAGAAAAGUGGUGGGAUAGAUUGCUGAAGCAGGGAGGGAAACCUCCUGUUUUUUUGAAAGUUGAUUGGGACAAAUGGGUUGAUGAAGAUGAGGAGCAAGAUAAUAGCAUUGGAGCUGAUAAUAACAUGGACUUUAGUGGCUUAGAUUUUUCUAAGUUGGGCAUGGGAGGUGGUGAGGGACUGGGUGAUUUUGCUGCAGGCGAUGAUGAAGAUGAGGAGAGCGACAAAGAAGAGGCCACUUCUGGUAAAGAAUCUUCUGGCAAUGAACAUCUCACAGGAGCGACUGUGGGCAACGAACAAGGUGGUGAACCUGAAGCUAAAGCCUGAAAACAUGGCUUCAACCAUGAGUUCAAGCACCGAGAGCUUGCUUACUGCCUCGGGGUUCAUUUAGGUUUUUGAGGGGGCUGACAUUUUAUCUGUUCUGGAUAUUUACCUUAGAUGUUGAACCUUAUAGUAGUUAGAUGGAAACGGCUUGCCAAUAUGAUAUUACUAGAGGAUGUUAUAAAUUUGCCUUACCUACAGGUGAGAGUCUUUGGAAUGCCUCGUGGUUAAGUUACCUGGCACAUGAAAAGAUUGCUGCUAUGUGCAUAGAUAAUUAUUUAAAGCAGGUUUAGGAGAAUUCUUAAGGUGAUAACAAGUUACACAUUUAUUUUUGAAAAUAAACCAAUCUUUAACAUAUUAUUUUCAUGGUAAUUACUUGUUU